GUGACACUCACCAGUGACUCCACCUGCAGGGUGUUUGGAGAUCAGAGACUUCACAAGCUGAGCUCUUCCCCAGCGCAUGUGAACCGAUCUGAAAGCCCUACGCGUUCACUUUUACUGUAAAGACUGGUUCUGUUAUCCGGAAACUUUUCGCCAUCUCCCUUUCGAUAUCACGGAUCGUUCUGGCACGGAGAUGUAUCAGAGAAAACGUCCUGGAUUUGGAGAUGUGCUGGGUUUUUAAGAAGAUCAUUUCGACUGACGUUUAACUUCAUCUGGAUCUGAAAGUUUAACGUCUGAUUUCGUGCCGUCAGGUUACUCCCAUAAACCAUUUAACGGACUUAAUUGUUUAGUUUAGUUAUCAACGUUAGUCAUGAUCGGGAUUGAGGCACAAGCCUCGGUUUUUCGGUAGUUUUGCUUGUAAAAACAAUGUAGGAGAUAAGCCACUGAAAUGUAGUUGAUCGCGUGUUAUUAGCUGAGACCUGAGCUAAGUUGUCGAAUUUUACAAGAUUUAGUUUGGAAUUGGCUAAGACUCAUAUUUAAAUAUCACUCUAUGUAUUUUUUCAUAUGAUUAAAACAGCAUUUGACCAGGUUUUUAACCUGUACAUUAAUUUAUAAAUAUUAGAAGUUACCCCAAAGCCCAGGAAGUAGAAAGAAACGUUACAUAGGACGUGAUUGUUUGGGUUGGACUGUAAAUAUCAACCAUUUUUGUAAAAUAAUAUAAUAUAGCCAUCUCCAGGAUUUCUACAAUGCGGGAUGCGUCUGGGAACUUCAGUCUUCUACACAAGACUUGCUCUCUAGUGGUGCUGCUAUGUUUCCUUCACAUCUUUGUCACGGUCAUAUACUACAUGAGGAAUUCAGAUUCAAGGCAGAGCUUCGUACAAAACCAGCAAAGCCCUCAGAUCCACAGGAAACUGGCCGAACAGACAGUCGCUACAGAGGAGUCCCCACAGAGACUGCCAUCUGUGUCCAAUGUCACAGAGACCGAGAGAAAGCUGGAGACAUGCCCCGACAAUCCACCUCGACUGGUGGGCCCGCUUCGGGUUGAAUUUUCUGACCCGGUUACCUUAGACCAGGUGAGGACAGAGAACUCAGCGUUGCAGCCCGGUGGACGGUUUAAACCCACAGAAUGCAUCGCCCAGCAGAAGGUGGCACUCAUUAUCCCCUUCAGGCACCGCGAUGAGCACCUGAAGUACUGGCUGUAUUAUCUACACCCCAUCCUACAGCGCCAGCAACUGGACUAUGGCAUUUAUGUCAUCAACCAGGACGGUGAGGAUACGUUCAACCGUGCCAAACUCCUCAACAUUGGUUACGCGGAGGCUCUGAAGGAGUAUGAUUACGAUUGUUUUGUCUUCAGCGAUGUGGACCUCAUUCCAAUGGAUGACCGCAACUUCUACAAGUGCUAUAAUAAGCCCCGGCAUCUCUCUGUGUCUAUGGACAAGUUUGGAUUCAGGUUGCCAUACACGCAGUACUUUGGUGGCGUGUCAUCCCUGAGCAAAGAACAGUAUCUGAAAAUCAACGGCUUUCCAAACAACUACUGGGGCUGGGGAGGAGAAGAUGAUGACAUAUUUAACAGGGUUACCUCCAAAGGGAUGUCUAUAUCAAGGCCUGAUGGGAUCAUUGGAAAAUGUAGGAUGAUCCGCCACGAGCGAGACAAACAAAACGACCCCAAUCCACAGAGGUUUGACCGUAUAGCUCACACGAGGGAAACAAUGGCAAGCGAUGGGAUCAAUUCAUUAACAUACAACGUUGUUAAAAUUGAGAAAGACCAGCUAUUCACCAAAAUCACAGUGGAUGUGGGCAAACCCUGAUUCCUGCGUAGUGACCAACAUAAAACUGAGUGAAACCGCAGCGCUAGCUGUCGAAAAACCAAAUGUGCCUUGAUGUAUCAAGUAAAAUGGAUCAUUUUCAAAGUGGAUUCUCUGUUUUUUCAAAAAGACUUGUAAGUACUUCGAAAUGUUUUGCCAUCUUUGCACAUGUGAUGGUGAACAAAGGGGUCUGGACUCCUUUUGCCCAGUGAAUCAGAAUUGUUCGGCUGCUAAAGGAGACACACAAGGGUUUCAGGUUGUCCUCAAGGUGACAGGCCAACCUUGUUCUGUCUCAGACACUUCUGCUGAGGGAAAAAAGACUAUAUUUUGAGCCAUUCGAUGGAAGCAGCAUAUUAAAAGCGAUCUGAAUCGCUAAUGAAAAUUUCCUUGUGGUGGGACAAAGUAUGGGAGUUGCUGUGUAUGGGAUUAUUUGGUUUGUGUGUUUGACAGCAAAUAUUUAAAGGGUUGAUUUUGUUGAUCAGCAAGCUAAGCAAUGCAAAAAAAAAAUCUGGGACUUACCAAUCAAGGGCUGUAGAUGCUCUCUAAGUAUAUACCAGCAAACAGGCAUUUUUGGGCUGUCAGAUUUUUGUUUACUUUUAUUACCUAUUGCAUCUCAUUAUCUCGUUGCUGUACCAGGUUAUGUGUCUUUGUUAGGGGUGAGAUGUCUGAAUGUAUUGGCUUGCAUGGUUUUUAUUCUCAUGUGCUCGAUGCGUAUCGGACCAUUAUAAUGUUUGCUGGAACGCCAAAGUGGUAGCCUUGCAUCUUAAAAGACAUGAAUUUCCUUCUUUGCUGUUUUUGAUUUUUUUGGAUUGCAAAUCUGUGCAGUCAAAUGCAGCAUUAUCAGGUCAAGCUUUUGAAUUUGCUCUGUCCUUUAUUGUAUGGAGAAUUUCUCAGAUCUAUGCUGGUUAUUAAAGGCACAAGAAUAUUCAAGCUCUCUACUGUAAUGAAAACAUGAAGCCAUUGAGAACUUUGCUGAAUACCUGUUGAUAACUUUUUAUUUUUUUUUGUUUUUGUUUAGUUUUUCUCUCGUAUGUGCUGGUCUCCUCAUAAAUUAUUUUGAACAAAGAAAACAGACAGUGUUUUAUUUUAAAACCUGUCAUUGUGGAAACCAAAAAUGCCUUUCAACUGUCAGGGGAAGACAAAAUGCUGACGAAGCAAAUGAAUGUAUGUCAGCUGUUUUGCUCAAGUGCUUUUCAAGAUGGCGACUUAACAUUUUUUUCCUCUGUGCCGAGCACCCCAAAAGACCCAUAGAUUUUCUUUCCAGCUUGAAAACUCUCCAAUGCCUUAUAAAAAGUACUUUGCACCAGGAAAGAAAACUACCUCUCCACACGGCACAGAUCUCGCAAACAGAAGGGAUAAGCGGCUUAUGCUGUCUCUCAAACCAAAUGCUUUGUCAAAUAAUCAUAGCCUUUUUCCCUCUUAGGUCAGUCAAAGUGAGGUUUAAAUCUGUUUAGACAAUGGUCUUGUUUGAGAGCCAGCACAUAAUUCAAUUUAUUUUUUAUUUUCUUUGUUUCAAUUCUCUGUUUGAUUUCUCUGUUGUUUUCAACACAACUUAUUUGGUUCCUAUUUUUUAUGUUAUUUUUACAAUAACAUUCACCUCAGCUUUAUGGUUAAGUGUAAUGAACGCAAUUUUGGAAUUAUGGAAAUUAAAUCAAUUAAAUUGUGUAUGGUUUAACUCGGCUUUUGUGUUGUGACUUGAAAUAAAAGAACGUGUUUUGUCU